GAUGACUACAGUUAUGAAACACACACCGAUUCUCCUCUUGCUUUCUUUAGUGAUGGCAUACAUCGGUAUGAUACCUGUGGAAGGCGGUCCACCACGACUACCUCUUCACAGUCAAGCGCAAAAUGAAAACGAGCAAUCAGGUCUUCAAGCAGAGGUUCUUAUUGAGAAGUCUCAAUCUAAAAGGAAAAGGGCGGCUCUCGUGAAAGACAGUAAUAAACUCUGGCCCAAUAACGUUGUUCCUUACACUUUCAAUGAGACAUACUUCGACCGACACCAGAAGCUGUUUGUGAAGGAUGUCGUUUUGCCAUUCUUAGAAAAGCACACCUGUAUUGAUUUCAGGACUAAGACCUCUUCAGAUACCGACUGGUUGGCCAUUGAAGACUGCCGGGACACACAGUGGUCCGGUUGGAACUCGGGCUGCGUUGCAAAUUUAGGGUUUAUGAAGCAGGGUGAACAGUUCGUUUGUUUGUCUGGAAACAAUGACUGCAAGACGCCAGGCUUGAUGUUCCACGAACUAGGGCAUGCCCUGGGUCUGAAACAUGAACACCAGCGUGGUGACAGGGACACCCAUGUUACAGUCAACUAUUCGAACAUUCAAACUGGGUCGUCAUCUGCGUUUGAUAAGUUUGAUAAUUCCGACUACCUUGUAACUGCAUAUGACCUGCGGUCGGUGAUGCACUAUGAUCGACGGGCAUUUUCGAGGGACUACAGUAACCUAUACACGAUAACAGCCAAAGUAGCAGCGGAUAACGCCAAGAUAAGAUUCGUCAAGCUGAAGUUGCCGUCUUAUUUGGACAUCAAGAAAAUAAAUGAGGCGUACAACUGCAAAGACACAUGUACAACUCCAUGUGCCAGUGGCAAUUACGUCGAUAAGAAUUGCGCAUGUGUCACUGAGCAGGUGUACAAGGAUGCCACCUGCGUGGACUUCUACGCAACAGGAGGAUGGGGAACUACAGCCGAUUGCACGAAUUGGAAGAGUUGGGGGGAGUGUACCAACAAUCUGAUUUGGAUGGCGUUCUAUUGUCGGAAGACAUGCGACCAAUGCGGCGUCUAAACACAGUCACCUGUUCGUAUAUAGUCCAACAGGCAGACAUUCUAUCAGCGAAGCGAGUAGCAAGUAGAUGUAGAAGUAGAAAUCGGAUUCAGAUUAUAAUUUCGGACUGAAUCUGUAUAAAAACAGCAAUAAAUCACAUUUGCACCCUGCA